AUGGGGAUGGGUGGAGUCGACGCCGCGGGUGGCGAAGAGACGGGCAAUGUCGACCAUGGGGAUCAUGUGGCUGGUGGCGAAGUAAGGGAUGAAGAAGACGCGCGAGAGGGCGGGAGUUUGGGUUGCUGCUCGUGGCGGCGCUCGUCGCCGCCGGAGAUUGGAUCAACGAGAGACGGUGAUGAUAAUGAUGAUUGGCGAUAUUACUUUCGCGUCCGUGCGUGUUUUCAGACUUUGAAAGUUAAUCAUAUGCUCUUUUCGCGCUUUGAUCGUUCCUUUAGAGACAGUGCAAAAGCAGCUGAAGGAGCCCGCGUGGCGGUCAUUCGACGUAAAGCUUGGAAUUUUCCUCGGAGCUUUAGUGGGGGAAAUAUCCUGCGACCGAAAGCUUGUGAGAACCUUGGUUUCUUCAAGCUCACCAACCAUGGUAUCCCUCCCUCCCUCAUGUCCACUCUUGAAUCAGAAGCCCUUAACUUCUUCUCAUUACCCCAGUCUCACAAGGACAUUAAUUGCCCUCCUUCUCCUUUUGGCUAUGGCAAUAAGAAGAUUGGCUCUAAUGGUGAUGUUGGUUGGCUUGAAUACCUUCUCUUCAACAUCUCCUCCUCUUCCUCUUUCCCAUCUUCCUCUAUAUGCAGAUAUGCUUUGAAUGAGUACACAAAAGCAGUGAGAAAGGUGGUGAAGGAAGUGCUAGAGAUGAUGGCUGAUGGUUUGAGGAUGAAAACCAAGAGAUGCUUUUCAGUAAACUAGUAAUGAAAUGAAGAGAGUGACACAAUGUUCAGGUUGAACCACUACCCUCCAUGCCCACCUCUGCUUCAAGGACUCAACUCUAGUUUGACUGGCUUUGGAGAGCACACUGACCCUCAAGUUCUGUCAGUCCUGAGAUCAAACAACACUUGUGGAUUUCAAAUUGCACUUAGAGAUGGGAGUUGGGUGAGUGUCCCUCCUGACCAGGACUCCUUGUUCAUCAAUGUUGGGGACUCUUUGCAGGUAAAGCUUACAAAUGGGAGGUUCAAGAGUGUCAAACAUAGGGUGAUGGCCAAUGGUUUAAGGUCUAGGGGUCUCAUGAUAUACUUUGGAGGACUAUGUCCUAGAGAAAGGUUGGCACCAUUGCCUCAACUCAUGAGAGAAGGUGAGGGAGAGCUUGUAAAGAGUCUCACAUGGUUUGAGUUCAAGACCUUUGCUUACAAAAACAAGAUGGCUGAUAACAGGCUCUCUUUGUUUGAGAUUGAGAGGAAAACUACUACUAAUACUAGUAGUGUUGCUAGUAUUGUUUAAUUAAAGUGUUCUUGUUCACUAUAGAUGGAAACAAAAAGGUAUCUUAGCUUUGAAGGGUUUUGUUUUUCUUUGAAUCUCUCUCACUCUUUUUGUUGUUGUUGUUGUUGGUUGGAAUGAGGCCUUAUCUAUCUCUUGCUCCCACUUGC